AUGGCGGUCAUGCAGCAGCGGGCGAAGCAGCUGGGGGGCGUGCAGCAGCCGGCGGUAGCGGCAGACACCACACACGUCAUCUGCCCGCCCAACCUGACGGCGCAACAGGCAGCCGACAAGCUGCGCGGGUGGAGCGGGCCAACCCGGGAGGUGGCUGUGGGCCAGGGCGCCAGUGUGCGGCUGCCCGAGGGUGUGGCAUUUGUGACGCCCGACUGGGUGUCUCGCAGCAUCCCCAAGCACCACCUGCUGCCAGAGGAGCAGUUCCUGCCACCAGGCCUGGCCCCAGCGCCAGCAUCCCCGGCAGCAGCCACACAGGCAGCGGCAGGGCAUGACGGCGCUGGCACAGGAGGGCAGCAGCAGCAGGAGCAGCAGGAGCAGCAGCAACCCCAGCAGCGAGAGCAUCCGACAGGUGCCGAUGCAGAGCAGCAUCGCGAUGCUGCUCCUGCUGGACCGGAGCCCACCAGCAGCACUGCCACGGUGCCAUUCAGCAGUCAACAGAUGUGGGCAGCAGGGCAGGAUGCGCAGCAGCAGGAUGUGCUGCAGGGGCCAGCGUUCUGUCGUGUGGAGCGGCGCGGCAGCGAGUUUGUGGCGGUGCAGGGGGCCAAGCCGCUGUACACAGGGGGCGACACCGGCAUUGCAUGGGGCUCCUACGGCGUGUGGCAGGAGCCUUACGACGAGGCCGCCGCCAGGCAGGGCUGCCGAAUCAUUGGCGGCAUGCUGCUUGAAAGCAUCAAUGGCUUCUGUCUGCCCAUGGUGGCGCAGGUCAACAGCGUGUGCCGCCACACCUGCUGCUGUCGCAGCCCCUUCUGCUUGCUGGAUGCCCUCAGGGAGGUGAAGGAGGCGGUGUACAUAGAGUGGCGAGGCAGUGAUGAGCACAGGAUCAAGGCCAUUGACGGUGCGCUGUGGGUGUUGGGCAGGUUGACGUAUCCGCUGGAGAGCGCAUGCGAUGUGGAGCAGCUAGGCCUGGGACCCAAGACCACAGCCAAGCUAUGUAGCAUUCUCAGGACAGGGACCUGCCACCAAGUCCUAGCAGCCCAGCUGAACAGCAAGCUGCAGGAGCUGCGGCUCUUCAUGAGUGUGAUGGGGGUGGGGGAGCAAACCGCCAAACACUGGGUUGCGCAGAACUGCUACACGCUGGAGGAUGUGAGGCGGCGGCAACAAGACCUUGGCCUGACACAAGGGCAGAAGGUUGGGCUUCGGCACUUUGGCGACAUGCAGCACAAGGUCCCACGCAUGGAGGUAGCCCAGGCAGAGGCCAUUGUGCAGGAGAGAUGCUUCGAGCUGAUAGAGCGCCUGCUGUGA